GUCAACUGUAUUUAAAGAAUCGCAGCAAGACCUGUCAUUCACAAGUCAUUGGACAGACAGUGUAUGCUUCUUUGAACAUUUCCUAUCCGGACGGUGGCAAAAUGGGCAAGCUCAAUCUAACUACAGGUCUCUGUUUGAUCAUCGCCAGCUUGGGUGUACCUGGCCUUGCAGGACAUCUUCCAGCUUACCAAGGACCAUCACCCUGUGCACAACCAAACGGGCUAUUCCCCAACCCUGCUGAUCCACAUUCGUUUUACAACUGUGAUUGGGGAAAAGGCACCCUCCAAUACUGCCCAGUAAAUUUGGUGUAUAAUCAUGCCAUUAAGGCAUGUGACUAUCCCCCAAACAAGUACCCCGUGAACCAUCACAAUGUGAAACCUACUCCAACCAAGAAGAUUUAUACAACAAGAACCACCACUAAAUCCCCGAAAAACCCCUGUUAUGGAGGACAAAAUGGGCCAUACCCCAACCCUGCUAAUCCACAUUCGUUUUUCAACUGUGAUUGGGGACACGUCUACCUCCAAUACUGCCCACUAGAUUUGGUGUAUAAUCAUGCCAUUAAGGCGUGUGACUAUAAAAACCACCCUUAUGGAGGACAUGCAACAACCGGUCCGACUACCACGACACAAACAACAAAAAGCCCUACUAUAUACCACUGUUAUGGACAAAAUGGGCUUUACCCCAACCCUGCUGAUCCACAUUCGUUUUACAACUGUGAUUGGGGAAAAGGCACCCUCCAACACUGCCCAGGAAAUCUGGUGUACAAACAUUCCAUAAGGGCUUGCGACUAUUACGCUUGGUAAACUAUCAGCUUCCGGAUCAUUUGAAAAUCUAGUGGGGCUGUAAUCUAAUAUUAGGCGCUUCAAUGCUGUUAUGUAUGAGGUAUUUUUACAUUGUCGGUGUAUCUAAUCCGACGGGGUGCUCUCUUUGGUUUAUGUGUAGCCAUUGGUGGAUUGAUUGGACCCUCACUAUGGCAUAUAUUAGGUGUGUUCUGUGUAGAAAUUAUUCAUAUUGGCAUGUUAAAGGUUUUGUUUCGUUGUUCUGUAUUGAUUACUCUUUGCCUAUCUGCCAUUAGUUACAAUAAAGACAUAAUACACCUCUAUAAAA